AUGCUUUUUUGGACCUUCGUCCUAAUAAUAGCAACAGGCAGUGCGUUGGUCGAUGGAGCAACGAAUAACACAUGUUCUUCGCGCCCUGAAACGCAAAAGAAUACAACAAAGAUUCUAGCUGAUCUUCGUCGAGAGAUGCAGGAUGCCGGCAUUGGGAUCUAUGUUAUCUUUGCUGGUGAUGAACUCGGAAUUGCAUAUGCGCACCCAUUCGAUAAACGACGCGAUUGGCUCUCGGGAUUUCGUGGUUCAGCGGGUACGGCUGUUGUUUCAGAGGAAACAGCAGCCUUAUGGGCGGACAGUCGCUAUUUUAUACAAGCUGAAGAAGAACUUGAUUGUGCCAAUUGGCUUUUGAUGAGAGAAGGAGAACCGGAUGUACCAACUCUCAUUGAUUGGCUUGUGGUCGAAGCGAACAGAACGACACUGCCACCAGGUGCUACACCUGAACUCAGUAGUAACUCUUGGUGGUCAUCGGCCAAUGCUGCAUUGAACGCAGCGGGAAAACAACUUAACGUCGUCGGUGACCUUGUUGGUCAAAUCUGGCCACCAAGCGAACGACCGCCAGCAUCCCAAAAGCCCAUUGUUGUUCAUGACAUUAUAUAUUCAGGCGAGACCGUCACUCAAAAACUGAGUAGAACAGCUGCUGAGCUCAAACGGCUGGGUGUGACUACCACUGUCUUAAGUGCUCUAGAGGAAAUUGCAUGGUUGUUCAAUUUGCGCGGUGAUGACAUUCCUUUCAAUCCAUUUUUUAAAUCAUACGCUAUUGUACAUGAGAAUUUUCUCGUCGAUCAGCCGGAACUUUUUGUCAAUUUGUCGCAGUUGAGCCCUCUUGAUCGUCCGGAUGGUGUUCGUGUAUUAGAAUACGCUACAUUUUGGUCACGUUUGAAUGCCACAGCCACAAAUGCCAGUAUCGGCAAAAUUUGGGUUAGUCCUCGAGUAUCUCAAGCCGUACUAAGUCGGAUUCCAAACGGUAAACUCUUGCUACCAUUGACAAAUUCACCGGUACAACGCGUAAAAGCACGCAAGAAUGCAGUUGAACGAGCUGGAAUGCGAGCGUGCCAAACGCGUGAUGCUGUCGCUCGCAUGAAACAUCUUGGCUGGCUUGAACAACAAUUGACGAAUGGCGUACCUGUCAAUGAGACGGAAUCGGCCGAACAACUGUUUCUCUAUCAAAGUGACCAAGAACAUUUUAAAUCGCGAAGUUUCAACACUAUUUCAGCAUCGGGCGAUCGAGCAGCCAUUGUCCAUUAUAUGCCUGUGGCCACUACUGCUCGACGUAUCACCAGAGACAAGAUCUAUUUGCUCGAUGCUGGUAGUCAAUAUCUUGAUUGCACAACAGACAUAACACGCACGCAUCAUUUUGGCACCCCGACCAGUUUAGAAAAGCGUGCGUAUACGCGUGUCCUCCAAGGUGUGCUCAACCUUGCCGAGGCCGUCUUCCCAACGGGCACAUAUGGCCGAUCACUCGAUCAUCUGGCGCGAAUGUCAUUGUACAGAGAUGGAAUGAUCUAUGGACAUGUCACAGGACAUGGCAUCGGUCACUAUUUGCGUGCAAGUGAAGGUCCACAAAAUAUUGCAUUUCAAUACAAUCAAAACGAAGAACCCUUAGCCGAUGGAAUGUUCGUCUCGGACGAGCCGGGUUUCUACAAAACAGGCGAUUUCGGUAUUCGUAUUGAGAAUGAUGUGGAAGUAAUAAUGACUAAUAAGAGCACCUUUGACAAUCGACAAUUUCUGCGUUUUGAUACCAUUACAUUCUUGCCCUAUGAACGCUUACUUAUCGAUGUUGAUCUGUUGACACGCGAUCAAUACAAUGCCAUCAAUCAGUAUCACGCUAAAGUGGCCAGUGUUUUGGAGCCGUUGCUUAUAGGUGAUGAACAAGCGUUGCGUGCACUACGUUCUCGCACGGCAAACUUGGAUUUUGAAUCAUCCUCGACAGGUCCAGCUACAGCCUCCGUCACAGGUUCGAUUAACACUACAGCCCCGACAACCACCUCGAUGUCACCCGAAAGCAAAGCGUCCACCAUCAUGGAAGCAUCGUGUGUGGUGAACGUUGUUCUUGUUUUAAUUAUUACUCUUUUUUCAGCAGGAUUCGAUGAGAACCCUCGUUAUCCGAAGACAUUGGCUGGCGAUGCAUGA